GUAUGAAUCAAGACGCAAAAAUGGCAUAUAAUACUCAUAUCAAAGCGGCAUCUCCACGAGAGCAAGUAAUGUUCACAGGAUCACCCUCUUUUCCACCUAGUGGCAAUAAUAAUCCAAUGCUCCAGAUGGGGCUUCAGUAUGGUCAAAACAUUAUCCAACAGGGCCUUCAGCAGAGUAAGAAGGAAAUAUCACCCUACAUGCCUUUUUUUCUCAUGAAUCUUCGUAAUUAUUUUUGUGUAGACAAUGAAUAUGUUCGAUCUAAGCUUGGAAUAAUUUACUUUCCCUUUUUUCGGCGUUUCACGAGGUCCUCGGGAGGCGAAGGUGGUGGAGUCGCGAUGGAUACCGUUGGCAACAGCAUCGGUUUUAGUGAUGACGCCGCCCUUAAUGGCCAUUAUGAAGCCAAUACCAAGGCCCCCCCUCUGAUCUUGCCCAUUCACAACUGCUACGGUCUCGAUCUCUAUAUUCCACUUAUGGCUACUAUUACUUAUAUUGUGCUCUCUGCCUUUGUUUUUGGCUCGCAACAUCAUCGCCCCGUUACGCAGGAGUAUUUAUUUUCUACCGCCUCCGCGGUGGUCUUUUGGUCUGUAUUAGAGACAAUCGCACUCAAACUGUUUGUUCAUAUUCUCCAUCUGGUGCGUUGGGUCUCGGUGCUGGAUAUAAUUGCCCUCAGUGGAUACAAGAAUGUUUUAGUGUGCACAGUUGUGCUGAUUCGGCGAGUUACUCUCAUGAGUAAUUAUACUUUUCUCAUACCUUUUCUACUCUAUAUUACCGCGGCAAACAGCUUCUUCAUCAAUAAAACAAUCAUACUAAUGUGUACACAUGAAGACGGCCGUGUGCCACCGCGUGCACGCUUUUUUUCCUAUAUAGCCUGCAUCCUUCAAUUUACAACCCUAUUGUGGCUCUGCAUUCGUCCCUUUGGUGUGUGAUCGGCUUGUAAAUUUCAUCCCGGUGUGCAAAAUAUUGGUUCAAAUACUAUUUUUAUGGCUGUGCAAUAUAUUAACAAGGUUUUAUAAG